UGAAAAGCUCACCCGGAGUUCUAGUUAGAGAAUGGGGUAUGAUUCACUACUUGCCUACUGCUACCUGGGUCGUGAGAUCGAAGAAGGUAUACUAUUAGACAAGGUUCAUUCCAGCUUUGCUGCUCUUUUUCUUUUGAUUCUUUCUGUUUCUGUUUACUUGAGCUAAUUCUUUACUUGCUUUCGAGCUAACUUGGCGGAAUGGAAUCACAGCAAGAGACAGGGCUAAUGGUUGGUUCUGUCUACUAUAUUUAGUAUGAUUUUUAUAUCUUCGACCUUAAGAGGCGGUUUACGAAAGAGAGAGAGCUCGUGGAAGACUUGAGAAAUGGAAAUAUCUUUCCAUUUCUUCCUAACAGGAUGCAAUGCAGGUACUGUUUAGUUUAGUAAAGAAGGAACAAUCCUCGUAUUGGAACCGGUCGAGGAAUAUCCCUCACCCUCGUAUUUGAAAAGAAGUGAAUCAAAUACAAUAGUAGGUAGGAAAGAAAAGCCAUCCUUUGAGUAGUAACUUUACCAACCAAGGUAGGGAUAGUCGAGAGCAGGAUGCCGGCCUUAUUCUGUUUAGAAGAAAUGAAAUUGAUUCACCGGCAAAGAAACGACUACUGCGAGCAGGAGCGAUGCAACCGACGGGAGGACAAUCCUAAUUGGAUUGGCGGACUAGUGAAAUUCAUGUAAUUUAGAGUUGGCAAUGGGAGCUGGUGAUAAACAGGUAAGGAAGCACUCGACGAAUAGUGACAUUUAUGAAUGCAAAGCGGGGCCAAGGCAGAUAUACGGAUCAGGGGUAUAAGCUAAAACAAGCAGAAGCAAAGCCGACUUCGAACGGGGAUAAUCGAUAAGGCAAGGCAGCCCUCCGGUCAUAGGAUUAACGGAUUAGCUGGAAAAGUCAUAUGCCUCGGAGAGCAAGGGUGGUACACCAGGAACUCGGAUUGCGAUGCUCCGGAGAAAGUCAUAUCGGUUUAGUUUCGAUCAUAUAUGAUAUUUAAAAGAAAGAAGGAUCUGCCAAUGGUACAUUGGUGCAUUGGGGAUUUCCAGGAAGCAGGUCGAAUCGGAGCGGAGCUGAGGCCCCGGAUGCUGAUUAGCGAAAACAAGAACUAGCCCCGCAGGGCAGGACCAUAUUUUGUAGUAGUAGCUUUUCUCACUGGUAAAGCUGGAUAGGUUAGAGGAUGUGAGCUAGCAGCAGCAAGUUAAGUAAGGGAUAAGAUUGGUCCCUCUGUGUCCGGAAAGAUACCUUUCUGAUCGCGACUUCGGUUACGCACAAGAAGAUGGGAGCUAUUGGCAAAGGUAACCACCAUCACUAGGCAACCAACAUAUGCUUUUCCAAAGCCAGAACUAGGAUAGCGAGCUGGAAAGGAGAAGUGAACUGGUUGAGAGGAAGAAUCAAGUAGAACCGAUAGAAGCUCUUGUUGCCUUAUUUGAAUAUGGACCAAUCGACAACCUUUUCUUUGAAAAAAAGAGGAAUCAUGUUUCCGACCUUGCCACCGGACUGUUUGAUGGAGCGGGGAGCCUGUAACAACUAGAACAGACAAGAAGGCUUGCCAAGAAUAGACGAAGGCCCUUAGCCGAGGAGCAAGAAAACGGAUGUGCGAACAGAGAACCUCUUAAGGUCUCUUACAGAGAAGAUUCUUGCCUGGGUCUUCGGUUCCGAUGUUAGUCCAGUGGCAGUUGCCUGUCAUAUAGUGGGUUCUUCCAGCGAGAGAAUUGAAAAGCAAAGUGAAGUUUAUCCAGAAGUUGACCCAAGUUUUGUCUGCUCGUGAGAAGACGGAAGAGGAACUUUCUGAACUGCUCGGGCAGGGUCACCAGUUGGCAAAUAGCAUUCGCGCCUCCCAUCCGCACGUGAGAACUUGGAAAGCUCAACUGGGCUCGAAGCACACUUUCGCAGACUGAUCUGCUUAGACUUCGGGCGUUGGGGCUUAAAGGGAAACCACGCAAAGCUCCGGUGAUCCACUCUAUUCUAUGGCAACCUCCACCUCCUGGAUGGAUUCAAGUUAAUACAGAUGGAUGCUCGAGAGGUCAGCCAGGACCGGAGGAAUCUUUCGAAACUGCAGAGUGUACAUGGAUGCUUUGCGCUUUCGUUGGGCAGCGGAUUCGCAUAUCAGGCAGAGUGGGUUGGGGACGGCUAUCGCUAUAGCACACUCCAAGGGCUGGAAAUACCUCUGGAUCGAGUCAGAUUCAACAUAUGUUGUUUUUUUAUUAAUAUUAAUAAGUCAAUGGCAUCUAGGUAAAUUGCUUACUCUUGCUGUGACUAAUAGUUGGCCUAUUCGCCAACUCGAUGUAAAUAACGCGUUCUUGCAGGGUUCUUUAACUGAUGAAGUAUUCAUGGAACAACCACCUGGGUUUUCAGACUUUUUGACUCCUGAUUAUGUUUGCAAGUUGCAUAAGCCUAUUUAUGGCCUUCGGCACUCGUGCUUGGUAUAACGAGCUUCGUACCUUUUUAGUAUAUGAAGGAUUCCUCACAUUCCUCAUUGUUUAUACUUAACUCCCCAUUUUAGGUUAGGUUAUUUAUAUACUAGUUUAUGUUGAUGAUAUAAUCAUCACUGGAUCCGCAGCAGCUGAAGUGAAUGCUUUUAUCUCUACUCUUGCCAAACGAUUCUCUAUAAAGCCAGCUUUCUUAUUUCCUUGGAGUUGAAGCUCACUACACUGCUAAUGGCUUGUUCUUAUCUCAAAGGAAGUAUAUCAGUGACCUCUUGCAUCGACUUAACAUGGCUGAUGCCAAGGCUGUCUCAACGCCUAUUGCUACUACUGAAGUGCUUAAAUUAUCAGAUGGCUCGCCACCGGCUGAUCCAAAAUUAUACCGUCAAGCUCUUGGGUCCUUACAAUAUCUCUCUUUGACUCGUCCUGACGUCUCCUUUGCCAUCAACAAGCUCUCUCAGUUCAUGCAUUGCCCAUCCACACUUCAUUGGUGUGCUGUAAAACGCCUCCUCCGAUAUCUAGUUGGCACUCUUGACUAAGGUCUCUUGCUCCGUAAGAAUUCUCCUCGCACUCUUCACGCAUUUGCAGAUGCCGAUUGGGCCGGUGAUCCUAAUGAUCGAACUUCCACUUCAGCUUAUGUUGUUUUCCUUGGAGCCAAUCCUAUCUCUUGGAGUUAUAAAAAGCAAAAGACAGUUGCUCGAUCCUCCACCGAAGCCGAAUAUCGGGCCAUUGCCUCCACUGCCGCUGAAGUCAAUUGGAUCAUGAAUCUUCUUCAAGAGCUGAAAGUUCCAAUCUCACCCACUCCAGUCAUCUAUUGUGACAAUGUAAGUGCCACUUAUGUUUGCGCCAACCCCGUGUUCCAUUCUCGUAUGAAGCGCAUUGCCAUUGACUUCCAUUUCGUUCGAGAUCAAGUUGCUACUGGUAAAUUGCGUAUUUCUCAUGUUCAUACUUCUGACCAACUUGCCGAUUCACUUACUAAGCCCGUGCCUCGCCGGCACUUUUAAACUCAUCGGAACAAGUCCUCAAUGGCCAGCCAAUCUUGCGGGGGCAUGAUUCAAUUCUAAGCUAAACCCAUUCAACUGCUGUAAAAAGGUCUGAGCCCUGCGUUGAUAGAAAGAGCGCUCUUUUCAUGAAACUAGAAAUCUCGUAAGAGAAGAAGUGAGAAAUCGGAUCGACAAAGCACCAUUUCCUCCGCUCAAGGAAAAUCAAUGCCGAAGACUGACAACCAACAUCGAUAGGUAUUACAGUGCCUCUGAGUUAUCUCGUACUCGCGGUUUGACCUACCCAACCAGCAACUGAAGUGGAAGACUGACUGACUCAGGUGUUGGCUUUUAGCUCACCUGCCAGUCAAUAUUCUUAUUAGACCCGUGUGACAAUGGUGUUUCCAACACAAAAAGUAUGGUAUACUCAAGUAAAGUACUAGCUUCACCGGAAAAACAACUGUAACUCAUGUGUGAUCGCGGAUUCCACGGUAACUGUUUGUUGUAGUUCCAGCUCUACAUUAGGAGCAUAGGGGCUCUAUCUACAUACAGAGUUUGACCCACGGUACGGCUGAAAAAGGUAAGCCGGUUAAGUGCUUUAACCAUUUAGUCAAAGAGACUGAGCGAGUGAAUUGGUUUUCUGUUUUGUCAGCGGAUCUUACGAGCUUUCAUAGAAAGCAUACUAUACUAUAUAUUUUACCGCGUACAAGGACAAGUGGUGGCACGACACGGAAAGUAGCAUCCCCAUAAGGAUGAAUUGUUGGUUCAAAUCGGAUAAUCAAUCAAUAGGGAAAAAGGAAGGGAUUACUGUAAGAUGGAAUGCUCGCGUCGGAAUUCAUUCUUCUCGUUACGGUAGCCUAAGAGCAUUCAAGAGCUCAGUUAGAGCCUCUCAAUUGAUAGAGGCAUGUUCAUAUGAAGCGCUACGCAUAUCUUAUUUUACCAAAAUAGGGUGGGGCUGGUAAUUGAAGAUCUGGGAUCUAUCAGUCAAAGUGGACUACUAAAAAAAACUUCUGUUGCAAGGUAAUUUUUUUUUAAGUCUAUUUAGCUUCUUCGUAGAAAGAAGGGAUUUGCUGCUUUCUUAGUAACAAUAUUCUUAUGCUAUCUGGCUAUCGAGAAGAAGAAUGGUUAAAAAAAAGGGAAGAUAAACAAACAAUUUCUCUCCCUUCCCCUAAUCUAAUGGAAAACUUUCCCGAAUCUAAAGGAACUAGCCGUAAGAUAAGAUAAAGAGGUGGUCGAAUACGGCCACUCAUCCGCUUCCUAGCCGUAACAGAUGGAAUUGGAAUCUCACUUAAUGAAAGAUGCACUAUGCUUCAUUCAAUUGGACAGCUUUGCCCGUCUCUGGACUGUACUCUUUCAGAUUCGGCAAUGGAUCUUUUUUUUUACCCUUCUGGGGACUAGUCUAAUUCUUAAUUAGCAAUCUAAUCUUGAAUAAUAUCAAGCAGUGUUCCACAAUAGCCUGUGCCGUGACCCAUCCUCCUGUGACACUGACAGUAGCAGGAAUUGUUUUCAGCACCUGGAAAAGGUUUUUAAUCGGAGUCAGGCAACUCGAGAGCUCCAAAGGACAUAAGAACUUCAAACAACUUUUCAGUGUGAACGAGAUAGAAAUUGUACUUCUUUUGCUCUUUAUGUUCUUUGCCCUUAUUCUUCAUCUACUGUGGUUGUGGUACAAACUUUUUUGAAACGUCUGUCACGACUUAGUUUGAGCGGAAUGAGAUAGCUUUCACCUCUUUCUCCAAUAUCCAUAAAUUCUGAAGCUCGUUCUAUUAACUGCGCAAAUGUCGUUAUCCCGACAGGAGCAAGAGGAAUUCGAAAUUCAUAAUGCAAUCAAAUAGAGACUUGUUUUUUGGGAAUAGGCUCCGAACAUUGCAUCGCCAAGAGUCUGAAUCGAGCAAUGAACUCCUGGGCUUUCUCUGUCGGUUCCUGGAUGCAUUUCCUCAAGUCGUCAGUAGUGACUGACUUCUUUCUUUGGAAGGUCGGAAUCCGCCUGAAUAAAUCGCACAUAUGCUCCCAGGACUUCACGGAAUUAGGAGGCACAGAGGUAGGUAUACCAAGAGAAAGCUAUGUGGGUAAGCGACGAGGGUUAAACCUAAAUAACAAGUUUUAGUUUCCAGAAGUAUCUCCACGCUGAGCGAUGAACCUCGCCAAAUGCUCUUUUGGUCCAUCUUUUAGGUUCAAUUUGGGCAAUAUGUAUCCCGUGGCUCGUAGUCAAUCUCUGGAGGAUAUGGAGGAUCAUAGGCUAGGUAACCUUUUCACUAUUCAUUUAUAAAGGUACCUUCAAGUAACCAGGUCUCUUCAUCCUUAUUGGGCACUCCCACAAGAGACAAUUCUUUUUAGCCUCUAAGAGACAACAAGAAGAGCCUAACCAGGACCUUGAGAUAACAGCCCAUAGGGUAGCCCCUACAGAGCAAAAAUCUAAGGCCGGAAUACCGGAGUUCUUUCUUUGCUUCCAAGAACAUAGAUUCCUUCUUCAACCCAGGUCAUGACCGAGGGCGGGUAUCUCACUCGCAUAUCUAGAGCCCAGCAUCUCUCCUGAACGACACCUUCCGCAGACUCUACUGGUGGUAUUUCCCGAGGCGAGGGGUGCAUCCAUAUCGGUCAGGAAACGACAAUGACUCUUCUUCUUCCGGGUCCGGGAAGCUAUGGGCACCUCACAAUUCUUAGACGACAUUAGUGGAAGCGAACAUUCGUAGCAUUCAUUGUCACCGAUCAUUGAAAAAAGAAGCCGUACGAGGUUUAGAUUUGGCGGCUAUAGACUCAAAGGGCACAGACAGGCUGCUGGUACAGUUUUUUUAGCUAACUAAAGUCCAACUUCCUUUGCCGAAAGAGGAUGAAACGGAUCAGCCGAUUCAACUUAGCAUUACCCGACUCGUAACUUCAAGCACAACCAUCCAUCUCAAUCCAAAAUCUCCGAUCGUCUGUGAUCCCUCCUCCGGUUUUGGAUAUAUAGACAGUGCCUGCUCUCAAACCAACCAAGACAGCAGCAAGUUCCUAUCGAGAACAAGACGACAGAUCAAUAUGACCAAUUUAUCUAAGGUGAAUACGUGAAAAAGUGUUGCUUAGCUCAGUGAAAUGGAAUAAGGAAGAGAAAGUGUAGUGUGAUAAGGGAAGAAUUUUUAGGUUUUCAAGCAGAUAGAUAUACAAACAAGAAGAAUUCACAUCAGAACCCUUUCCUGCUUCCCUUUUUUACCCAUCGGACUCACAUUUUGAUCUCCUACGCUUGCUUUCACAGUCCCCCUACGAGCAGCCCGGAAUCAAUGAAGGAGUUCAUUCAGCACCGAGCCGAGCGAGCGUAGAUUCAAUAUGUUGAUUGUACCGAACGAAGGAUUUGCCUUAUCACGAAAGCCACAUUCGUUUCGUUUGAGGAAGUCACACGUCCUGUUCCCUAUAAAUAAGGAGAUUCAUUCUUUUUUUCAGAAAUCCCCUCUUCUUCCUCCUCAAGCCCCUAUCACAAGACCAAGCGGAUCUCAUCCUGCAGAAGACUCAGAGCGGAUCUAUCUAAUGGCAUGGCUGGCUGUCGGAUGUGAUCUAUUCUCGUGUCACAUCGCUUUCUUUCUUCUCCCUCCAUUUUCUUCACUACUACCGCUCCUACACAUAAAUCAAAGAAGCAUUGUGGAAUAGUGGCAUUUCGUUAAUGGCGAAAAUUUUCUUAGUGAAAGGGUUGCCUGCGGCAAACUCAGAGCGGUCUCUGAAAGUGAAUAGGAGCAUAGCGGUAUCAUCCAAGCCAAACACGUCUCCUCAGUCAAGGGUCUUCUCGCGCAAAGAAGAUCAAAAACAUAACAACUGAUUUCGCUUAAUGCAUGUCACCCACCCGCUCUCAAUACAGCAAGUGACUCUCUCUCACAAGACAGAGAAAGAUUACCGAUUCACCCAAUUUGAUCAGAAGUGAGUUCAUUGUUGUUGUAUAGCGAAACCUUUCCUUGACAAAACCAUUCUCAGCUAAUAGAAGCCGAGCUAUCUAUCGGUUGAACGAAGCGAAUGGAAAAGCCAAAGAAAACAGAAAUCCAUUGCGAUUAGAAACCUGUGACUCUACAGCCAGGGCUCGAUGGCGAUGUAAGAUAGAAAGAAUGGGGAGUUAGGGCUUCGGUUUCCUCUGUGGCCAGUUCCAAUUCCAAAUCAUUUGCCGACAUGCGGACUCACUUCUCUUUUAUGGGAUGAAAGCCCUUGUCUAUUUACGUGGGUGAAUCAAGUACAACAAGUCAGGUCAGAGCUUGUGGUAGAAGAUUGGGCUCUGCUACGCAGAUCCACUCAACUAGGAAAGAAGUACGCAUUGCUGACUGACUGUUUGAACGAUCCUAGUUACUAGUAAGUAGCUAAUCAAGUCAGAGUAGGGUGGCCGAGAAGCUUCUUGCCGGUGCCCCCCAAAGCAAAGCACAGACUCUACUCACCCACGCGUUUUCCACCUACGGAGGGAGAAAUCAUCGAAAUAUCCUCAUCCCCUGAAAGGGAACCCGAAAACAGGACGAGAGUGGAUAGGGUGACUAAGGAGGUAGUCAAAAUUAGUAGUGAAUUUUGGAAAGAGAAGAUUACAAAAAGGCGAGAGCAGCAUAAUCGUUAGUUAGGGGUAAGAGGGGACGGGCCCGUAUAGAAAGUAAAUCCUUCUUUUUCCGAUAUGCCGCUCCGCAAGCAAGGAGUGCCACGCACGAGCGGAGCGAAAACUAAGCAAGGGGAAUUCCGGCAUUCCAUGGAAAGCAUGCGAAAUCCUUUGAUUGUUUAUAGAAUCAAAAUCACUAUAUAGUCUUUCUUGUUCCACUUGCAAGGCAAGGAAAAAUAAAAUGUCAGUUUCGUUAUUACAACCUUAUUUUUUUAUGUCAAAGACAAAAAGCUACGCGCAAAUUCUCAUUGGAUCUCGGUUGUUCUUAACAGCGAUGGCUAUUCAUUUAAGUCUUCGGGUAGCACCACCAGAUCUUCAACAAGGUGGAAAUUCUCGUAUUUCGUAUGUACAUGUUCCUGCGGCUCGGAUGAGUAUAGUUAUUUAUAUCGCGACAGCUAUAAACAGUUCCUUGUUCCCAUUAACAAAACAUCCCCUUUUUCUUCGCUCUUCCGGAACCGGUACAGAAAUUGGUGCUUUUUCUACUUUGUUUACGUUAGUGACUGGGGGGUUUCGGGGAAGGCCUAUGUGGGGUACCUUUCGGGUGUGGGAUGCUCGUUUAACUUCUGUAUUCAUCUUGUUCCUUAUUUACCUGGGUGCACUGCGUUUUCAAAAGCUUCCUGUCGAACCGGCUCCUAUUUCAAUCCGUGCUGGACCGAUCGAUAUACCAAUAAUAAAGUCUCCAGUCAACUGGUGGAAUACAUCGCAUCAACCUGGGAGCAUUAGCCGAUCUGGUACAUCAAUACAUGUUCCUAUGCCCAUUCCAAUCUUGUCUAACUUUGCUAACUUCCCCUUCUCUACCCGUAUCUUGUUCGUUCUGGAAACACGUCUUCCUAUUCCAUCUUUUCCCGAAUCUCCCUUAACGGAAGAAAUAGAAGCUCGAGAAGUAAUACCACUAAAAACCUAGUUCGCUCUCAAAUAAAAACCUAGUUCACUCGCUAAAGCAUCCAUGGCUGAAUGGUGAAAGCGCCCACCAACCUAGAAAGGCUAAAUGGGUAAAAAAGUAGGUUCGAUUCCUGCCGGAUGCACUGCCUCUUAAAGACAGAAACAGAGGAGGGAAAGAAGGUAGUAUAGGGAACUUGCUUUUGGAUUCUUAUCGAAAGUGAAUCCCUCUAACACUUCAGUUAGUGUUUUAUGAUAAAAUCUUUGACACAACAAGUGUUAAAAUCUUAGUCACUAGGCAAGAAUGGAAAGAGCUUCUUUACCUGCUUGAGAGGGGAGUCAAACAGAGUCUGAGGAAGCAUAGCUAUAGCAACGUAGUGUUUGAGAAAAGUGUGCCUGGAGUAAUAGGCCUGAGAGCUACCCGCGCAACUUUAAGAGUUAACUUCUAGAAUAACCGGGAAAUUUAUUUUAGUAUAACUCUAAUUCUAAUUGUGGGUGGUUCGUUACUUUUUAAGUGGUAAGCAAGUGAUCCUCACAAUUCGUUUUACCUGACUCUACUCUAAUUGUAAGAUAACUAGAAAUAGGAGAUGAGAAAGUCGAGUAGCAGCACUGAUGGGAACAUUUUUUGAAACUAGAAUGGUUGAUAAUAGGAGACUCGCGUUGUAGGUAAGGCUUUUCAAAAGCCUCGACUUGGCUAACGCCCUUUGGUUUUUAGGAUCAAUUUGCCCGUGCUUGCUGGUGUCAGGGUUGCAGAUAAGUUGUUUCGGUGCCAUUUCCUUUGUUAUGAAUGAAAUUUUGGAGCUCAGUUGAUACCGAAUUUGAAGAUAAGCCCUUCCCUCUCGUGAACACCUUCGUUUAGUAGAUCGGUACGGUUCCAUUCAGAAGAAACUAUUAUACGUGGUCCCGUGGAGUACGAAUAAGGCUUUAAAGUCUUCCUUCAUAUUGUUUGCUAGCUUCCUUCUCCUUGUUUCCUGCCUUUCAUUCUUUAUGAAAUUCUUAUUUAUUUUCUUUGCUGACUGACGUUACACCAAGAAUUUAUUUAAUAGCGUAUAUAUAGCCUGGGCAUCGAUACCAGCCUUCCGUUCGCAUGAUAUUAAGAAAGUGCCUACUACUCAAUUUCAAUUCAAUUUCGCAUUGGCAAAUCCUUCCACUUGCUAUCUAAUGUAGUAUAUGAAGCCUUUCUUUUCUAUUUCUUCUAUUGGCUUGGCUGGUCUGGGGGAUGCGGAUCACGCGAAGAUCUAUAGUGUUUAAGUACAUCUUUCUCUUCCUGCAAGCUACUGAGAUAUGCCUCAGCUGCAGGUGCUUUGUAUCUCUGGUCAAGAGUUGGCAAGGGAUACCAAUGUUGUCGACCACCUACUUUUGAGCAUAGCUUUUACCAUAUUCCUCCCUCGAUUCGCCAUUCAUUCCUUCACAGCUGAGUCAAUAGCUGUGUCACUGACUGAAUGUAGUUCUUUUUUUAAAGAACGAGGCCGCUAAGGUCAAGGGACCUGAUCCAGAACAUUGAAUCCAACCAUCAGCAUUCGCAAGAAAGAGAAAGAACUCGGUUCAAAGAAUCGCUUCGGUCUAAAAACGAGUCUUCCGAGAUCAUGUCUAUGCGAAGAGCUUGAACCAAGCGUUCACACGCAUACGCCCUCGCCCCUCAGAAGAUUGGAAAGAAUCCAUCAGCGAGGAAAUAGAGUUGUAGCAGCAGUGUCUCCACUAUUUAUUUAUAAAAGUCCCACCCAAGUAAAAGAGUCCGAAGAAAGGCCUUAUAGGAAAGCGUUACCAGGGAUUAGAGUUAGACCACUUAGUAGCACCUUCAGGCUUAUCCAUCCACGCAUGGAAGAUUUAUAGAUCGACGUUCCGGAAUGGUAGAAAACAAAUCAAUUCUAAGUUCUUCUCGCUCCAUUCAUCCACUCGCUGGGAAGGCUAUUUUGAUGCCUCACACAGGCAACUCCGCUAGGCGGCUAAGCAGAUAAGACGGGAUUUCACGUUGAGAACGAAUGUAGAUUCCUAUCAUCAAGAAAGUCGGCUACAUCAAUGAAUUACUUUCCCCUAACAUUGCUAUUCUUAACAACCUAAAUCAAAAAACCUCCUUUAAAGAGCAGAAGAAUCCUUCUUAGAUAAAGCAGCCUGAAGAUAAAUAAGAGCAACUCCUUCAAAGAAAAUGAGAAGGGCCUCUUGAAAUGCCUAUAUAUAAAAGAAGGAAACGUUGUAACUACUUACAAGAAUUAGCUGCGUAUGCAGGUGCAUGCAAUAGUCUUUUAGUAAGGAAGAACGACGGGAUUCCUUGGAAAGCUGGUAGUUCAUUUCACUCUGUAUCGAAAGUCCCAGUAUAUUAUAUAUCUGUGUACAUCCAUCAACAAAUCUAACAUUUCUUAUCUUACAUUGAAAUCGAUAAAGACUAAUAAGAUGCAAAACCAGCAUAACUUGUUCUUUGCGAGUACUGUGGGUAGACCGAGGGAUCGAUCGGCAUUUCACUAACCUUUAGAAUUAAUCAAACGUAUGGCUAACCGAUUCCUAGGUCAUAAUUUAAAGCUUCACUUUUCUAUAGCCUUCUAAUUCUAUCGGGCUAACCUAUAGAAGGUUUAUAAAAAAGGUACGGUGCAAUCAGUAAACCUCUUACUGACCGGGCAGGGCAGACCAGAUGAGCGAGAUUGAUUGAAAGCGCUGUGCCAACUUGCUUACAAGAUUUUGAGACUUUAGUUUAGUUUAGUUUAGUUUAGUAAAUCCUCUUCAUAAGUUAUUUCGUACAGGCUAUUCAAGGUCUAUUGGCUUUAUUGCUUAUGUGGUACUUCGACCGCGAAGCCCCGCUUAUGCACCGAGAAAGAUCGUAGAUAGGAAAGAUCUGUUAUGCACCAACGACGGCCCGCCCCUUCUCUUUACCUUUAUCGUCUCAUACCUCAGUCCAUUGCUGGCUUGAAUGCUGUCUCUCUUCUUCUUUGCUCGCGAGAGUGAAUAAGAGGACGACCCACCGGGGGGAGGAUGGAAUGAGUCGGCAAGGGGAUCAACAAUCUUCUUUCAGUAAAGGCCCACACAUUCUCCUUAAUAUUGGGUGGGAUAAAAGGACUCUGAAGAAGGAAACUCUCUUCCCGUCUUGCGUAACUGACCACUGCAAAUCAAGUCGAAAGUGCUUAUAUGCUUAACACGUUUUUGUCUCAAUGACAGGCCGCUCGAACAUUGUCUGAUUUUUUUUUGAAGAGACUCGAUCUUAUGUAUCUACUUAUUGUCUUUUUGCCUUUGCUCGGUAGUUCCGUAGCCGGUUUUUUCGGACGUUUUCUAGGAUCUGAAGGAACCGCUAUAAUGACCACCACGUGCGUUUCAUUUUCUUCGAUCUUAUCUUUGAUUGCUUUUUAUGAAGUCGCACUGGGAGCUAGUGCUUGCUAUCUCAGAAUAGCUCCAUGGAUCUCAUCGGAAAUGUUUGAUGCUUCUUGGGGCUUCUUUGGCGACCGUGAAGUCACCGGAUGAAUUGCCGAGUAGAUAGAUCUGAUCCGGACGCUGCAGUUGUUCCGCGGUGAUACGGACUCGACCCGCUCCUACCCACCCUGGGUGGGGUAUCAUAGCAUGUCGGGAAUCGAGGGGGGACAUACUGGACGUAACAACUCCCGUCGGUUGGGGGCUCUGCCGCCCUGCCUUUCGAUCGAUACACAGUUGAGGAGGCCGAUCAC